AUGCUGGAUGCCGAGAACACCCCGCCGGCCUCUCCAGUCCAUUCGGAAGCCGAUGACGAGGACUCGAGUGAGACAGAGUCAGAGCGCAAUGACAGGGACCAAGAGUCUGUUGCCGACGAUGCAGAGGAUGACAAGAAGUCUAUCCUUACUACCUCAACAGAAUUAUCAGAAGAGCCGGCUUUAGACCUCCUCGGGAUCUCACGUCCUGCGACACCGGAUGUUGAUACCGAAGCGACCCCUCCUCCUUUGGGCUUGAAUAGACCAUGGGGGUGGUCAUAUUACGACGACUACGAUGUGAUUGCUGUCCACGGCCUCCGCGAUGAUCACAGCACUGCGUGGAAAUCCAAAAGUGGGAAGCCGUGGCUUCGGGAUCGGCUAUUUGAGAAGCUCUCGAUUCGGCAACUGGACUACUCGUACGCCACUGAUGAGUCGGCUAGGAUUUUCCAGAGAAAUGGAAUCAAGGCCGAGGCUCAAAACUUGCUGCGGUUGUACAGCGAGGAGAGACGCAGGCUUGAAGAUGCGAGUACCGAAGUUGAUCGACCGAUAAUCUGGGUCUGUCACGACAUUGGAGGCACGAUAGUCAAACAGGUCCUCAUUGAAGCUGCCCAAGCUACUCUUGCCGAGGGCUAUGAAGAUGCUGAAACAUGGGAGUUCAUGAAGGAGGCUCACAGGAGAAUCUCGACGUUUUCUACUGCAAUUAUAUUCUUGGGCUGUCCUCACAGAGCCGAGUCCAUCGAAGUUCUUGAAGACGAGCUGUACAACUUGAUGAGCUUACCAGGCCCCGACGUCAAGAAGGGUAUCAUGAGAAAGAUCAAAGACAUGGCUUAUCAAGUAAACGAUGUCAACAUUCGAGCUCUGGACGGCAACCUGUUCUCACGUUUGGUCAACAUCAACACCUUUUACCUCCCAGACUUGCCAAAAGAAGCAGAGACCAAGCAGGAAUCUUCCGUGCAAGAAGAGGAACAUCAGAAUGCUACAAUCCAACAAGACACCUCUCAAUCUGUACCGCAUUCCUCGACCCCUUUGAUCGAGUUUCCCACCCCGCCAGCAUCACCGUUCAGUCAAUACACGUUAACCACCGGUCACUGGAUGGAAAUCGACAGCCGAUGCUCGCAGUGUGACAUAGACCAUGCUAAUCUUGUCCGAGGUGACGAGGGUGUUGAAGAGUACAAGAGCUGGGUGACCAAGCUCGACAUCCGUUUCGACGGUUCCUAUUAUCCGUUGAAAAUUUUCUCUGAUUUUAUCAACCGCCAGGUCGCCCUGCUGUCCUUGGCCCCAACCAUCAGAUACCCAAGAGUGUACGUGUAUCCGGCCGGGAUCCUCUCCAAAUCGGGUACACCUCCCUUCCUUGAUUGGAUUCUCAAGUACCAAAAUGAUCUCAGGGAUUUUAACAACGGCUUGGGCCCACGAGUGCUGUACAUUCAUGGGGUUGCAGAUCCAGCCCGAACAGCCAUGCUUUCCCAGUACUGGCACCUCUUCAACGCAGAGCUGCUUAGCUGGAUACAGGAAACUUACGGGGGAAACACUUUCUCCUUCGAGUUCAGCAAAUUCGACAGUAGACGAAAUACCAUCCGGUCCAUGCUGGUAACCUAUCUUAACGAGAUGGCAUGGCUCAGUUGGUCUAUGCCUGGCUGUGCCGACGGGGUUCGCUGGUUGUUUGAGAACCUCGAGUAUUUCGGCUCCUGGUCGCUUCCUGAUCUCUUCAAGAUUUUCAAAGAAGUGAGACGAAAUUUGGCCAGGUUCGAAAUGAGAAUUUACCUGGCCUGCUUCGACAGUUGCGUUGAAGAGGAGCGAACGUGGUUUCUCAAGGCCGUGCUGGACCAGCACAGCCAUAGCGACAUGAACGAUCAGCUCAUCAUCACCGCAAGCAAUCCCGACAGCCUCCUGAAUGAUUCGGUUCCGGAAUCGCGACUCGUACAUCUGACAGAUUGCCCAGCGGAACUGAAUGGGUUCGCAAUCGAUGAAAAGGGCAUCCAUGGCAGUGGGCUUGCAGUGGCCCUGGAAGAUGUGCUUCGUCAACGCCCAGUUCUGAACAGUCUCAAGCAAACUCUGGAAGCCUUGAUGGAAGAAUGCAAGCAUACACCCCAUCUUGGCUACAGGAUCCUCGACUGGCUUAGCCGUUUCGGGCGAGGAACUCCAACUGCAAGCAUAUCAGCAACAAUCGAGAAGUUGCGUCCGGUCACACCAGAGAGUGUCAUUAGUGUUGUGAUUGGCAGUCUGCCUUUAGAGAAGCGGAAAUGGGCAGUCCUAGUUCACCGAUGGGUGAGAUACGCUAUGGAGCCAUUGACGAUUGAGGUUCUCGGCCAUGCCCUCGCAGCAUCGACAUCUUCAGGCGACGAGUUGUUGCUGGACAUCGACUGCGAGCAACUCUCCGACAACCUGCAGAAGGAAUUCUCAGGCAUCAUCGUGAUCGAUGGCCGAGACAUCAAGUUUGUCCAUGAGUCGUUCCACGAUGCGCCAAUUGCUGGGGUGGAGGAAUGCAAGGACGAACAACCCUCAUUUGUCCAUGGCGCGAUUGCCGAGACUUGCCUGAAGUACCUGAUGCACGGCCAAGUUCAGACACAAUAUCGAAAACUCGCAGUCGACAAUUAUGGCGGUGAUCAUCUCAAACGCCCACUCUUUCUUCCCCGAGAAAACCUGCUCGAGUACGCUGUCCAAUACUGGCCUGAACAUUACCGCCUUGCCGGUUCUCAUCGCCCUCUCGCACUCGCCUUGGAGUUCUUCAGAGAAACCGAAGCGAGGAACAAGUGGGCUGAGGGGUAUUACCUGCUGUCAAACCCUUUCACACGCAUCCAGCGGAGUUACUUCUCUCCAUUGCCUUUGAUGGCUGCCCUGGGCUUGGACGAUCUCAUUGCUGACCAAACCAAACAUGAAGAAAGCUCGAAGUGGUUUCAUCAAGACAGUUGGCUAGCCAUCACUGAAGCGGCGCGACAUGGUCACAAAAGUAUACUCUGUAUGCUGUUGGACCGCGCGCAGGCGGACGAGUCUGGUCUACAGGACGCACUCUUCUGGGCAGCCUCCUCUGGCAAUGAAGAGGUAUUAUCUCUUCUUGUCAACAAAGUCGCCUCAAAAGACAGCUUCAGUCGGCCCGCUUCUCUUCUGUCUCGCGCGGCAUUCGCCGGCAGUGACCUGGUGAUCUCCGCUCUCGCUAAAACAGGGUUGAACCUGGAUCAACAAAACGACGACAUCAAGCAAUCGGCUAUUGAGACAGCCAUCGUCUGGGGCCACUCAUCAGUGGUGAAGCUUCUCUUGGAGUCUGGAGCUGGUCUCAGCUCACGAGACGCUGACGGCAGGACCCGUUUGCUGUUGGCAGUCCGCAUGUGCCAGCCAGAGAUUGUACAACUUCUUCUUGACAAUGGUGCUAGUUUGGAUGAGAAAGAUAAAGAUGGAAUGUCAGUUGUGAAUGCUGCUAUUGCAGCGGGGGACCCCGGAACGCUGAAGGUACUUAUCGCGGCUGGAGCAGACUUUAAAUCUGGAGACUUCGGUUUCGAUAUCAACAGUCUCUGUCCCAUCGUUCACGCGGCGGACCAUGGCAGGCCAGGCUGUCUACAGAUCCUGAUAGAAAGCGGAGCAGAUCCGCUUACAGAAGCAGAAGGAGGAAGCAUUUUGUAUCUCGUCUGUCAAUUCGGGAAUCAGCUAGCUAAUUGCCGACUUCUCCUGGAGAAGGGAGCAAACCCGAACCAGACCUAUCCGGACAAGGAGAUGAUGCUCACUCGGGUUCUGAGAAGAAACAGCAAGGAGCUCAUCGAGUUGUUCCUCGACAACGGAGCGAACCCGGACUCUUUUGACCCUUGGGAGGAGGCAGAAGCCAAGACCCCGUUGACAUUUGCGUCUUAUAACUGUUCUUACGAGGUGAUGAAGACUCUUCUUGACAAGGGGGCGUCACCAAACUAUGGCCCGGACGGAGCUGAGUCCGCGCUCCUUGCCGCCGCUUGGCGAGGAGACGAUAUCAAGAAAGCAGAAUUGCUUCUCGAACGAGGAGCAGACCUCGACUGGAAACGGUCCGAUGGCUGGACACCUCUCCAGACUGCCUACGACUCGCCAAAGUUCGUGACCCUCUUUUUGAAACACGGUGCAGACGUCGAAAGACAGACUGAAGACGGAACGGUGUUGAUGAUGGCGGCAAGAUGGAAUUUCGUCGAGACGUUGAAGACCCUCGUCGCGCAUCAGAAUCCACGGCCAGACCUUGACACCAGGUACACCUAUGAAGACAAUGAGUUUCGCGACUACACCGCACUUACGUUUGCCGUCAGCAACGGAGCCUACGGGUGUGCCAACUUUUUGCUCGAGGCUGGUGCCAAACUGGUCGAUCAGUUGAAUGAUGCUGCGUUCAUCCUACAACAAGACGUCGAAAAGGAGCAGAUUGACGAGAUGGUCAAGUUCAUGAAGGCUUGCCUCGAACGUGGAGUCAAGCCUGAUCAGGUGGACAAGGAUGGAAAUAUACCGCUCCAUGGCAUCAGAUCAUCUACGCCAGUGUCGGUUAUUCAACUUCUAAUCGACGCCGGCGCUCCAGUCGAUACACCCAACACAGCCGGGUGGACGCCACUAGCCAUGGCUGUAGAACACGGCAAUACCGACGCCGUGAAACUACUGCUAUCCAAAUAUGCUCGGCCAACGGUCUGCAGCCCGAGUUUUGGCAGUCUCCUGUUUCUUGCCUGCAAGGAAGAUCCCGCAGCUGCGACGAAAGUCAUCGAUCUUCUGAAGCUUCUCCUCGAGGCCAAAGUUGAUCCCAACGCCCCUGGACCUGAACCUUCUAAGCCACCCUUGCUAUACACUGUGAUACGCAAAACUUGGGAUUCAAGGGUUCGACACAAACUGGUGAGAUAUCUCGUUGACGCUGGCGCGCAUAUCAAUGCGCCAGCCGGGGUUCAACUACAUCCCAUCAUUGCCGCCGUUGAGAAAUCCGAUCUUCGACUGGUGCAGUAUUUGAUCCGCCUUGGUGCCAACGUCAACGCUGCCGACAGUCAAGGCCGCCGUGCUAUUCACUACGCCAUUUCCACGAACACCGCGACCCUGAAGAGAUAUCGCAUUUUCCGUAAGGCUGGCGCAGACUUACAAUCACCAGACAACUACGGGCGGACUCCGUUCCAUCUUGCAUGUGGCUUUGGAUAUACUUUCGAGGUCGAGUGGCUUUUCAGAAAGGUCCCGGGCCUCGACGUCGACGAGAGAGAUGUAGAUGGAUGGACACCGCUCAUGUGGGCGUGCAAGCUUGACCGUAGCAACGGCCCCAUGGUGGAAGAGCUGAGGGACCGCGGAGCCAGCUUUUGGUCUAGGAGCAAGGACGGUGAAUGGUCUGCUCUAAAACUUGCCUGCUUUAGCGAUAUGGGCAUGGAAACUCGCGAGCGUCUGGAUCCACGCGAAAGCGAGAGGGAGCGUGUCGGGCCCGACGGAGUCCAGGAAACGUGGGAUCCUCUUUUCCACACUGCUGAACCUGGAAGAACCCAUGUUGACGUUACCUGUGAUGGAUGCUUUCUGAGAAUCAUCGGGCCUCGGUACAAAUGUACCGCAUGCGAGGUAUCAAAUGAUUUGUGCUUCAAGUGCUUCCCACAUCGCGCAACGAUGCACGAUUCGAGCCACGAGUUUGAGGAAUAUGUCGAGACAUAUAACGAGGGCGGCUCGCAGGGUGAACCGUCUGUGGUGGAUGAUGGGAGAGCCAGUGUCUCGAGUGGCAGCCGUAGGGCUAAGGAUGACGAUUCUCGAGAAAGUGAAGAAAGUGACUCGGAGAGCGACGAUGAGUCUUCGCAUAUUGCAGAUUAGGGGGGUGUCGAAAGCUACCGGUAUAUGACAGAGAGGCAUAGGACGAUAUUUAAGUCUCACUGGAUGCAGAGCAGACAGUUCAGGGGGCGGAUUAACUCUUGGUGUUGAAAUCAUUUCAGUCAUGUCGGUUCCAUCAUGUGUUGAAGCCAUGUAUUCUGAUGGAC